AUGCUUAAGUUGGCAUUUUCCAUUUGGUGCGUAUUAAUUAUCCUUAAUGUGCAGGAAUCAUUGACGUAUGCAGGUUCCGUUGCUCUACUGGAAGAUUCUUCAAAUCAGUGUAGUCAAUUCUGCCUCACCAAAUUGCACCCGAUGAUCGAAAACAUUCCUAAAACCGAGACAACGCUGAACAGGAUUUAUGGCGAACAGCAGGCUAUACAGAACAAACUCCUGGAGGUACAAUCCAAACUGGAGACUCAGCAAACUGGACUGAAGGAUCUGCUUCUGGCUGUGGAGAAAAAUUUGGACGACCAGAAAACAUCUUUCCUUGAGGAAACCCAUUGCAAACACAAUGUUGCAACAAUGUCGCCAAAGUUUCAAAAGGUUGCUUCGAGGUACUUUUAUUUUGAAAAUACUCUCAAACUAAAUCGUUUGGCCGCGGGCAUCGCCUGUCGUGAGAUGGGCGGCCAUUUGGCGGUGAUCAAAGACGAACAGGAAUUUUUUGCCAUAACAGCAAGAACCAUAAAAAAUACUUGGUAUCACGUUGGCAUCAACGAUCUGGACACUACUGCCCGAUUUAUAUCAGAAACUACCGGCACGUCAGCCCCAUUUUUAAAGUGGUCUUCAGGAUAUCCCAAACCAAACACAGGCUGCGUAUAUCUUUAUAACUACGGCAUGGAAACAUAUAGCUGCUACGAUUUGUCAUAUUUCAUUUGUCAAUCAGACAUCGCAAUAUAAUUGAGAGACCAUAUUGCCCAUUUUCCAAUACCUAAAACUGAAUAAAAAUUUAAUAAACUUAUAAAUAGAACCGGAAAGAAUAAAGAAAAUGUGUUAAUUAGUCAAAAACAUAAA